UUAUCAAGAAGACCAAUGAGAUGUUGAUAAAAUGGAGCAAUAGGUUAAAAAAGGAGUCGAUGGAACUCACUGUCUUUCAGGUCGAGGGAUGCAUUUUUGCCAAGAAAAAAAGAGCCUGUCGCUAUAGUCUGACUCGGUGCAGUGAACAGAGAGAUUAAAGCUUUUCAGGACAUUCAAGAUGCUUCUUAUUGCUGCCUUUAUCUUUGGGGUCCUGACUGUGUGGUUGUUGGUGUUGCUCUGCUGUGAUAUCUGCAAUAGGUCAAAGGGUCAAAAGAGAUCGUUCUUCAGCCUUCUGAGCCACUACCUGAUUCACAGGGCUGCAAGUAUCCAGAGCCUUUUGCAGCAACGCAGACUUGAACAGGACAGCAAAAAUAUUUUGCAAGUGCAGCAAAGCAUUCUUCAGCACAGGAUCCACAGGAACAGAAAUACUGAGUAUGGCAAGUUGUACCAAUUCUCUGAAAUCACGGAUCACGAGACAUUUCGCAAUCUUCACCCACUGACACGUUAUGAUCAUUUUAAAGAAUACAUCGAGCGGAUUAGCAAAGGGGAAGAAAACGUGUUGAUUUCAGAGAGGCCAACUAGUCUCUCUAGGACAUCAGGAACAUCAGGCUCUUAUGCCACAUUGCUGAACACAAGGGAGACAAUGAAGGAUUUACAGCAGGCCUUUGGAAUGGUCUUUCAUUCAAUACUUGAUGUCUACCCACGGACUAGAAAUUUACAGCGGACUGCAGCUUUUUAUUAUCCUCCUAACAGGAGUAAUUCAGAAUCAGGAAUUCCAAUUGUCUCCAAUUUCCCCUCUCCCAUGACUCCCACGUUCAAGUUGACUAUGUAUUCCACGCCAGCCGCUGGGUUUGAAAUUGCAACUGAACCUGAAGCAUUGUACAUUCACCUACUUUUCGCCCUGAAAGACAGAACAUUGGGAAUGCUGGAGGCUAACUUUGCUUCCACAGUGUAUCACACUUUUGCUUUGUUGCAGAACAAGUGGGAGCAACUGAUUGAGGACAUUAGGUUAGGUCAAGUCAACCCCAAGCUGAAGAUUACCAAUGAUAUUCGCCUGAGGCUCGAAGCUCAGUUGAAGCCUGAUCCUCAAAGAGCCUCCGAGUUGGCUGCAGAGUUUGAGAUUGGAUUUCUUGGGAUUGCCCGUCGAGUGUGGCCCCACCUCAACUUGGUGCUUUCUGUGGAUUCUGGCUCAAAUGAACUGUACGGAAAUCACCUGAAACGCUUCUAUUGUCAAGGAGUUCCUGUUUACUCUCCAGUUUAUGCAGCCACUGAAGGACUGAUUGGUGUGAACCUGUGGCCAGAGAAAGAGAAACGGCAUUACCUCUUAUGCCCGCACUCAAUGUUUUUUGAAUUUAUUCCUGUUGAUCUCUGCGGUGAAGAGCAGCCGCAGACUCUGUUUCUGGAUGAAGUGAAGGAAAAUGAAUUGUAUGAAUUGGUAAUCACAAAUGCAGCUGGUUUGUACAGAUAUCGGAUGGGGGAUAUCAUCAAAGUAGUGGGUUUUCACAAUCAGUGCCCAGUCAUUGAAUUUAAAUACAGAUGGGGCCAGUUGUUAAAUGUCAGAGGAGAGAAAAUCCUGGAGGAAGCCUUCUAUCGAACACUACUGCGGGCUGUUAGCCUGUGGCCUGGGGCAGUGCUCCUUGAUUACUGUUGUGUAGAGAGUGGCCUUUUAGGACCAUUUUGUGGCAGCUCUGAUCCUCACUAUGAGGUUUUUGUUGAAAUAAAAGGUGUCAGAAACUUAUCAGAGGAUCAGCGUUACAAGCUGGAUCAAUGCCUUCAGGAGGAUUCAGAGCUGUACCAGUCAUUUCGACGCAAGGGUAGCAUUGGACCAGUGAGAGUUCAUAUUGUGGCACCCGGCAGCUUCAAAGAGUUGAUGGAUUUUAUCAUUGCAAAUGUAGGUGCUUCCUGCAAUCAGUUCAAUAUGCAUCGCAUUCUGAGGAAAAAAGAAUUUUUAGACUUUAUUCAAAGAAAAGUAAUUUCAUAAAGUCUUUGCUCAUACGUUAUAUUUCUCUUAAAUUUGGCAGAUUAUGCAUUUUUCCUCCUGAAUCAUUUCAUUUCUUGGGAUUAAAAACUCCACCUUUGUGUUGCAAAGAGAGAUCACUCCCUGAAUUUUACAAUGUAUUGAGUUCAUGCUUCUUGUAGCAAUUAACCAUUGCAUUGGGCAAUGAUCAAACUGCAGGCACAAUAAGCAACCCUAAUGGAACAAAUAAUUCAGAGUUUUGCCAAUAUUCAUUUAUUUGCAAUACAAUAUGUAAAUAUGUGCAUAUAUCCUCUGCACUGAAAAUAAUGUAUUGGUUCUUCUCAAAAGAACUGAACCUCCUGUGUUUUAGCAUCUUGUGAGAUUGAAACUAAAAGCGAAAAUGCUGGAAAAUCUCAGCAGGUCUGGCAGCAUCUGUAAGGAGAGAAAAGAGCUGAUGUUGAGUCUAACUGACCCUUUGUCAAAGCUAAAAGAGAUUGUGAGAUUGAUACUGUUCCCAGGAUGUUGCUGAACUAAACCAUUUUGAGAGAAAUCAAUUAUUACUGUAAAUAAUCCCAAUUUAUUACCUUGUAUAUUUGAGAGUGCUUUUAUCUUCUGCAAUAAAACCAUUUUGCUUCUA